AUGAUAUUUUUUUUUCGAAUUCAACUCUUCAAAUUCUACAAAUUUCAACAAUUCAAUCUAUAAAGAGUUCAAUUAAAGAUCAAUACAAUAAACAAAUAUGUUUAGAAACCUUGGGAGAUUACCAGUGCAGUUCCGUGCUGCAUCUGUUGUCCAAGUGGCGGCACCUUUAAGACAAUUUUCAAUGUCUCCAAUCUGUUUGAAAACCAACACAUCCACCAGAACUAAGGAAAAUGUUCAUGAUUUAGAAACAUUUUUGACUCUUAUAGGUCGUAACUGUGUGGAACAUGUAGAGUUGUUUGAUAACGAUUUACAGAAGUUUUUAGGAACAAAGAGCGCUGAAAUGAAGAAACUUGGUCUCGAUAUACAAACAAGAAAAUAUAUGUUGAGAUGGAUCAACAAAUUUGUUAAUGAUUUGGAACCAUUAAGAGAACAUGUCAAGGGGAAGAAGAAGAACGGUGGUGAGCGUAAAGCACGUGAAGUCUUGGCCAAGAGAAAUGCUGCCAAGAGAAGUGAGGAAGCCCAAAAAUAUAAGGAAGAACAACUUGAGUUGGAAAAGUCUGGUGAAAGAGUAUUUUAAACCCAUUCAAGAUGAAUGGAAAAAGUCAAAAGGCCAACUUAUUUUGAAAAGGUCACAGGAAAAUUGGACUGGAUUACCAGUUUAUGACUUGUUGUAUAUAGCGUAAUAGAUUGCGAUAACGUAUAAAG